UGCACACUGACAAGCUUCUCAAUGUAGCCUGGAUGGUUUGUCAUUUCAGAAGAAAGAUAUGACAGUGUUUACAUUUGGUGCAAGAUGAAGCUGUCACGUUCAGGGAGACGAUGCUUACCGGGAUCCCCUCUGAAGAACAGAUUAGCUGAUGUAAAGAAACCCGGAAGUGUUGUUAAAGCCCCCAGCACCUACAGGCAUAAUGAGUGGCAAAUUCGGCCUCAUGGGCUACAACAGCUCGCGAAAGCACAUUUCUAUCUCCAUCACCUCGUCCACAGAGGUAAUGUCCCCCCACAUCAAGUCUGUGGAGGAACUUAGGGUCCUGGGCAUCAACCUGACCAGCUUCGGUGCUCCCACACAGUUCUUCAUCUGUGUUGCUGGAGUCUUCCUCUUUUACCUCAUCUAUGGAUACCUGCAGGAGUUGAUUUUUUCUGUGGAGGGCUUUAAGCCUUUUGGAUGGUACCUAACCUUGGUCCAAUUUGGCUUCUACUCAAUGUUUGGACUAGUGGAACUCCAGCUCACACAGGACAAACGCAGAAGGAUACCAGGGAAGACCUAUAUGAUCAUAGCAUUUCUAACAGUUGGAACCAUGGGCCUGUCCAACACCUCUUUGGGUUACUUGAACUACCCAACACAGGUCAUCUUCAAGUGCUGUAAACUGAUCCCUGUCAUGAUCGGAGGGGUGUUCAUACAAGGUAAACGCUACAAUGUGGCCGACGUGUCCGCUGCUCUUUGCAUGAGUCUGGGUCUCAUCUGGUUUACCCUGGCUGACAGCAAGGUGGCCCCCAAUUUCAACGUCACAGGUGUCCUCCUUAUCUCCAUGGCACUGUGUGCAGACGCUGCAAUCGGAAAUGUGCAGGAGAAAGCUAUGAAGCUACAUAAUGGCUCCAACUCUGAAAUGGUGCUGUACUCGUACUCCAUUGGCUUUAUCUACAUACUGACUGGCCUGCUGUGUGUGGGUGGGCUGGGGCCAGCAGUGGCAUUCUGUUCAGAGCAUCCAGUGAAGACGUACGGUUAUGCAUUCUUCUUCUCUCUCACGGGUUAUUUUGGCAUUUCCUUCGUACUGGCCUUGAUCAAGCUCUUCGGCGCUCUAGUUGCUGUCACAGUGACUACAGGGCGAAAGGCCAUGACCAUCAUACUUUCCUUCAUGUUCUUUGCAAAACCUUUUACUUUUCAGUACAUCUGGGGUGGCCUUCUGGUGCUCUUUGGCAUCUUCCUGAAUGUUUACAGUAAAAACAAAGACAAGAUGAAGCUACCCUCAAUCAAGGACCUCAGGGGCUGGCUGCUUUCGGGGAAAAAAGUCAGAUUGCUUUCACAAAAUGUAUAGGAAUACACAGAGGUGAAACCGAAGUCCUAUAUAGGCAUAACUCUCUUCAGAUGUAGAGUACACCAACGUCUCUCAGGCGGUAUCAUGGAGCGUACACCCCAACCAUCAGCUUCAUUAACAUCAACACUUGAUGCAACUGGUGGUGGAGCCAAGGUCUGCCAUGUAGGAUAUACACACCGGUCGUGGGUGCACAUGUAAUUCACGCUAAUUAACGAAACUUUUCGAAAACAGUACAACCGUGAUGUGGUCAUAGUAUCCCAUAUUCUCAUCCACCUACCACUAUACCGCUGGUGUAGAAUACACCAAGAGCCCAGACAGCUGAAGGA